UGCUAUGAAGCAAAAAUAACCUCACUUUUCAAAGAUCUGGACAAGAAACUGGGAAUGAAUUUUACUUGGUCAAACUGAAGCCUCAGUAAAGCAAGAACUCCACUAAUAGCAGACAGCCAUGGCGGUCAGCAUCGGAGUCGUAUCGGUCAUCGUCACCCUCUCGGCCAUCCUGACAUACUUCCUGGCCAAGAUCCUGCGUGUCUUCCAUCUCAUCAGCAAGUUUGACGGACCACCUGCCCUCCCGAUUGUCGGCAACGCCCAUUUAUUCCAUCAAGAUGCAAGAGAAUUUUUCAUGCAGAUAGAGGACUGGGUGAAUGAGUACAGACCAAAGUCCAACGGUAGAAUGAGAUUAUGGCUUGGCCCGGUUCCUGUCUGUUUUACCUUUAACUGUCGAGAUUUUGAGGUUGUUAUGAGUAGCAGCAGGCAUAUCAAGAAAGGUUAUGUCUAUACCUUUUUACAUCCCUGGCUUGGCCGUGGUUUACUGACCAGUACGGGACAGAAAUGGUUUCACCGCCGGAAGCUACUCACCCCAACCUUCCAUUUCUCCAUUCUCCAAAACUUCAUGGACGUCUUCAACGAGCAGAGCUUUAUCAUGGCAAAGAAGAUGGAGAAGUUUGCCGACCAAUCGGAGCCUUUCAACAUCUUCCCACAAAUCACCUACUGUGUUCUUGAUAUCAUUUGUGAUACUGCCAUGGGGAAGUCUAUAAACGCUCAGGGAGAGGGGGAUAACGAAUAUGUUACAGCUGUAAUAAGCAUGACCAACUUGGUGCAGGAGAGAAUGAAGAAGCCCUGGUUCUGGCCUGACCUACUCUAUGAUAACAUCCAAUCGGGUAAAAAGCAUGCCAACAACCUUAGAGUACUGCAUGAUAUGACAACUAAGAUCAUCAAACAAAGAUUACAGGAGCCUCCCAGAGCCCUGGAUGGGAGCGAAGAAGAUGCGGUUGCCGGGAAACGAAGGAGGAUCGCGUUCCUUGAUCUCCUUCUACAGAUGCACAGGGAGGACCCAAGUUUUACACUAGAGGACAUCAGAGAGGAGGUGGAUACUUUCAUGUUUGAGGGCCAUGAUACGACAGCUGCAGCUGCAUCAUGGACCAUCUUGAUGAUUGGCCGCCAUCCUGAGGUCCAGACCCGCCUCCAUGAAGAGCUGGAUGAAGUCUUUGGUGACAGCGAUAGACCCAUUACUGCUGAUGAUCUUCAGAAACUCCAGUACCUGAACUGUGUCUUCAAGGAAACCCUGAGACUCUGUCCCUCGGUGCCCAUGAUAGGCAGGGAUCUAGAGGAAGACUGUGUCAUAGAUGGUAAAGUGGUGCCAAAAGGCACUCUGGUUGUCCUGGGUAUCUACGCCCUUCAUCGCGAUCCAGAGCAGUUUCCCGACCCAGAGAAGUUUGACCCUGAUCGAUUCCUGCUGGAGAACUCGACCAAGAGACACCCCUACGCAUACGUCCCAUUCUCGGCGGGUCCUAGGAACUGUAUCGGUCAAAAGUUCGCCAUGAUGGAGGAUAAGGUCAUUCUAGCCAACCUGAUGAGGAAGUUUUCCGUCCAAGCGAUCCAGACCAUGGAAGAGACGAACCCUCUCGGUGAACUCAUCAUGAGACCUAGGGAUGGUAUCUACGUCAAGCUCAGCAGAAGAAAAUAGAGGGCGCUAUAGGAAUGUCUAAUCAUGUUUUUAAUUUCACCGUCAUAAUAUUUUAAAUGGGAGUGUCACAUUCAUGUGCCCUCUGGUCGUAAGACUUGAAUAUGUAAACUAAGGCAAUCUUGGUUGAAAAAUAGAGGGCGCUAUAGGUGUAUCUCAUCCAAAGAUGACAUUAUAAAUAAUUUUUUAAUUUCGCCUUCACAAUAUUUUGAAUGGGAGUGUCACAUUCAUGUGCCCUCUGGUCAUAAGACUUGAAUAGGUAAACUAAGUCAAUCGUGGUUGAAAACUAGAGGGCGCUAUAACAUAUUUCCUCUGAAAAUUUGCCAUCUAAAACUUUUGAUUAAGAGUAUCUCACUCGCCUGCCCUCUUGUAAUGAGAGCUAGAAAUGGAAUCCAGGGACCCCGUUUCACAAAGCUUUUUUUCAAUGAUAAAUGACAAAAAUCAUCGACAAAUUUGCUGAUAACCAAUCAGAAGCAAGGAUUUCAGUAGCUUAUAACAAAAUAUGUCAUUUUUCACUUAUGACAAGUUUGAUGAAAAACCCCUCAGGUCAUGCUCAGCUGAAGAAAAUACAGGGCGUUUUUUAAAUAUCACAUCAAAAAAGAUCAUCAUUACAUUUUUUGUAUUCGGUCCCAAAAAAUUUGUAAAGAGAAAAUCACACUCGUAUAACUAAGCCCUCGUGAAAAAUAUAAAUAGAUUCUACAUCAAGCUCAACUGAGAAACUAGAGGGUGCUAUUGGAAUAAAAAAAUGACAUUAUCAAUAUUUUUCUAAUUCGCCAUAAAAUUAGGAUGCGAGCAUCAUGCCCCACACCCCUUUGAGUGGAACACUUGCUUAAUGCGUUAAAUCAUUCAAUUAAAGAGAUUAGAAGUAUUUUAUUAUAGAUUGGAA